GCAAUACAAAGUCAUGAGGCGGCAAUCUGCAGUCAGCUACACUUUCUUCUGUUUCUACAUAUAUAUGAAUCACAGAACUUGAGUGAGUGUUGAACAAGUACGAAAUUUUAAGCAUCCAAAAUGAUGAAGAUCAAUGUAAUAUGGCCCUUCUUUUGCAUCAUAGUUCCCUUGGCAUUUGGGGAGUUGAAGGUUGGAUUCUACGAUUCUUCAUGUCCAAAAGCAGAGUCCAUUGUCAAUAAACUUGUGCAGAAUCGAUUCAAUCGUGACAAGACCAUUACUGCAGCUUUGCUUCGCUUGCAUUUCCAUGACUGUGCUGUCAGAGGUUGUGAUGCAUCCAUUCUUAUAAAUUCGACAACGUCUAACAGGGCAGAGAAAGAAUCAGACACAAACGACUUCGUUCGGGGGUUUGACCUAAUCGAUGAAGUGAAGGAAAACCUCGAAUCUGCAUGCCCUUCAACAGUGUCAUGUGCAGACAUCAUAACCCUAGCUACCCGAACUGCAGUGGCCUUAUCUGGAGGACCCAAAUACCAAGUUCCCACCGGAAGACGCGAUGGAUUGGUCUCCAAUAUGGACGAUGUCACCAUUCCAGGACCCGCCGCCCCCGUUUCAAUAAUUUCUCAAUUUUUCAAUAGGAAUUUGGGCCUCACAACGCAGGAAAUGGUGAUCCUCUUUGGUGCACACACUGUUGGUGUUGCACACUGCAAUUUCUUUGCUGGUAGACUCUCGAGUCCUGACCCUACAAUGGACCCUGCUUUGGAAGCUAAGUUGGUGAAGUUGUGCAGGGAUCGUGAUGCUUUUACGCCCUUGGACCAGAACACUUCUUUGCUUGUUGAUAACGACUUCUACCACCAGAUUCUUGCCAAGAAAGGGGUGCUGCAGAUUGAUCAGCAGCUUGCCUUGGAUAAAAGUACCAAAGGGUUUGUGACAGAUUUGGCUUCUGAUGAGGCUAAGUUUGAAAAGAGCUUUGCAAAUGCGAUGGUGAAGAUGGGGAGUGUUAAUGUUCUGGUAGGGAGUCAAGGAGAAAUUCGCAAGAAAUGCUCGGUCUUCAAUAAACGCAGCUAGAUUAGACAGUUGUGUUGUGAUGACUUAAUAUCUUGCGUUCGUCUUCUUUUCUUUCAUUCUCAUUCAUGCUAAAUGUAAACGGUGUUCCACCUAGUUCAUUAUGAUAUGAACAAUGAAUAACUAGCAUUGGAAUUAUCGGUUUCCGAAAUGAGACAAACUUUCACUCUCGAAAUAGAAAAAA